GCAGUUCGCAUCCGGUUCGUGAGGAGCCUGAGAUACACAAAAAAGCGGAGAAAGGAAUUUUUAAAGCUCGGAGACGGAAGCGGAAAUCCGUGUUUUUAUCUUUUAUACAUGAGUGUAAGAGUGAGAGCGGAGCUGAGAGAGUUUUAUUAUAAAUUGUGAGUGAGGAUUUUAGUGUGAGGACUGAGAGCGGAACCUGAGUGGAACCAUUUUAGUGUGAACUGAGCUAACAGGCUAAUGCUAGCUUAGUGUGUGUGUGUGUGUGUGUGUGUGUGUGUGUGUGUGUGUGUGUGAGAGAGAGAGAGAGAGAGUGUGAGAGAGAGGACUGUACCGGGGCAGUUUAUACCGGGUUAGUGUGUGUGUGUGUGUGUGUGUGUGUGUGUGUGUGGCGGUGAUGGCGAGCUCGGCCCUGUACGCCUGCACCAAGUGUAACCAGCGCUACCCGUUCGAGGAACUCUCUCAGGGACAGCAGCUCUGCAAGGAGUGUCGGAUUGCCCAUCCCAUGGUGAAGUGUACCUACUGUAGAACAGAGUUCCAACAAGAGAGCAAAACCAACACCAUUUGCAAGAAAUGUGCACAGAAUGUCAAACAGUUUGGAACACCGAAGCCGUGUCAGUACUGUAACAUCAUCGCAGCGUUCAUCGGGACAAAGUGUCAGCGCUGCACUAACUCGGAGAAGAAGUACGGUCCGCCCCAGACCUGUGAGCAGUGUAAACAGCAGUGUGCCUUCGACAGGAAGGAGGAGGGCCGGAGAAAGGUGGAUGGGAAGCUGCUGUGUUGGCUCUGCACACUCUCCUACCGUCGUGUUCUACAGAAAACUAAAGAACAGCGUAAAGGCCUCGGCUCGUCUCACUCCAACUCCUCAUCACUCAGCGACAAGGAGCACCGUCACCACCACCGCCACAGCACCUCACACAAGCUGAGUAGCAGUUUGAGUCCAGAGCAGGAGCAGCGACUGUGGGAACAGAGCCAUAAAUCAUCAUCCAUUCAGAAAGAAACACCAAAGAAGAAACCCAAACUGGAGCUGAAACCGUCCAACGGAGACAGUAGCUCUAUAGCUCAGUCGAUGGACUCGGGUGGGACAGAUAACUUCAUCCUGAUCAGUCAGUUGAAAGAGGAAGUGAUGUCACUGAAGAGGAUGCUGCAGCAGAGAGAGCAGACCAUCCUGGAGAAGGACAGAAAGCUGACUGAGUUGAAGGCUGAUUUUCAGUAUCAGGAGUCGAAUAUGCGGCUGAAGAUGAACAACAUGGAGAAAGCUCACAAAGAGGCCAUGGAGCAACAACAGGCAAAGAACAGGGAGUUGAUGAAACAGGUUGCUGCUCUCUCUAAAGGAAAGAAGCUCGACCGCACCAGCAGCUCCCUUUUGUUACCAUGACGAUGACCUGUCACCCACACAUGCCCAUGUGUCAUCACUGUGAGGAAGCUGAGGCCGUAUGACUCUCAUCCAACCCCCCCCCCCCCCAAAAAAACAUUACCUGCCUGCCUGUCUGUCUCUACAUCGGUAUCCACCUGUCUGUUUCAUUCCCCCUCUCUCUCUCUCUCUCUCUCUCUCUCUCUCUCUCUCUCUCUCUCUCUCUCCCCCCACUCUCUCCAUCUAUGCCCAUCUCCAGUCUGUCUGCUGUUUUCCUUGCUGUCUGUCUCUCCCACCACCCUUUGUUCUGACCCUGUUUGCUUUCUCUCUCUCUCCAUCUCUGGUUCUACUGUCACUCUCCUGAUGAUGUCACUGAUGUCACAUAUGCAGCCCCACCCCAGUCAUGUGACUCUGAGCUGAGGGGCUAUGCUAUGGACAAACAUGGCCACUGGGCACACCAGCCCUGCAGGAUGCGCGCACACACUCACGUCUGUCUGCAGAGGGUGACUGUACAGCUGUCUGUCUCUGCCUGUCUGCCUGCACACGGGUGGGCUUUUAAUCACAACAAUGAGGAUUUUAUUAUUCAGUGUGAAAGAGAAUUGUUAUUCAUAUUAUAGGAAUCUCUCUCUCUCUCUCUCUCUCUCGCUCUCUCUCUCUCUCUCUCUCUAUUAUAAGUCUUUGUACUGUGACACUUUUGUAUUUUUUAUUUUGUCCUCAACAGUGUGGACAUUUCAGGAAUAAUAAAUCUAAAACUCA